UAUUAAAGCAGCAGGAAAUGAAGUGCUUGUGUGCAAAUGUUGCAGUCGGUGAAGCAGGAACCCUUCGAUGAGGCCGCCGUCGACCAAGGCGACGGGAACGAUGGAGGCGGGGCCGGAGCCACGCCCAUGGAGAGGCACGUCCAGCAGACGAACGAACGGCUGCACUGCAUCCGGGAGGCGCUGAGGAGUGCAGGAGCAUUCCAAGGGGCCGCCAGGGAGCUCCUGGAAUGGUGCGGAGAUCACCGAGCCUUCCAGAAGGUCUUUGAAAACAACCUCAUUGGAUGUCUCACGGUGGUGAGCCAAGUGUCUGCUAAACCCGGGUUCGACCUCGAUCUCGGCUACCGGCUGCUUGCGGUGUGCGCAGCUCACAGGGACAAGUUCUCGCCCAACACUGCUUCCCUUUUGUCUUCGUGGUGCGAGGAGCUGGGCCGUCUGCUCCUUCUGCGGCACCAGAAAGCUAGAGCUGAAGGUGAAGAGGAGGGGGAAGAGACCGCGUCGAUGCAGAAGAACAGGUUACCACAACACCAGAGUGAUACGAUGGGUCCUGGUGGCUGGCAGUCUUCGGCCGGGGGCCCACCGGGAGCACCCCCGGCUCCGCAAGGACCCCCUCAGCAACAACUGUCCGUCGUGACUACUGUGUGGGGAGUGGCGACGACCACACAGAGUGGGCCCCCCUUCGGGGCCAACAGCAACACAUAUGGGGGCGGGGCGACCGGGGGCCCCUACCCCCCGGGUAAGCAAGUAUACCCCCCGGCACAGAAUCAUCCACGGCAGCAGGGGUCCAAUUACAACUACAGUCCGAACCCGGCCGUGGGUGCGGGCCUGGGUCCUAAUCCUCAGGCUGGGCCCGAGUUCCAAUCUUCGUCGUCAGCACUGAGUGCCGCUGCACUAGUGGCUGCCGCUGCCACAGCCACCGCCACCGCUACGGCCAGCGUGGUGGCGCUGCAAGAGAGGCAACAGCAGGAAGUAGUCAUCAACAACCAGUACAACCAGGGCAUGCCAGGGGGCCCACCUUUCCAACCGUCCUACGAUUCUUCUCAUCAGAGAAUGGGGCCCCACCCGGGCAUGGGCAUGCCGGUGGGGGGAGGGAAGGUGCAGCACCCCUACCCGGGUAGUCCCCAACCGGGCCGAAAUCGGAACGGACCCUACCCGGGCCCCCACGUAGGCCAGAAGAGGCCCUACACCAUGAUGCAUCAUCCGCCGCAGCAGCAGUACGGUCCGGGCAUGCAGUCCUACAGCCCUGGUCCACAGCAAGCCUAUGGUGCCGGACAGGGUUGUGUAUGCUGCUCCCAGUAUCCCCGUGGUGGCAACCCUGGCCAGUACGGAUGUCAAGUUCCAAGGUACGGAGGCUAUCCUCCUCAAACGGGCUACUCGCCACCCCAGCAGCAAGUCCGGCCCGGCAUGCGACAGCCCGGCCAGCCCUACGGGCCGUCCCCGCCCUACUGCUACCAUCCUCAACAGCCGAUCAACGGAGCGCCUCCCACGCCAACGCAGUCCCAAUACGACCACUACGGCUCGCCCGGACAAUUCCCGCCCACUCAGCCCUCCGCCAUGCAGCGUAAUAUGAACUACCAGCCGCUCCCCAUCCCAGGAAAUCCCACCCCACCGCUUACCCCCGUGGUGCCACCCUACCUGCCGACCAAUGCUGACGUGAAGCCCAAUUUUACAGAAAACAAGACGCCUCUGCCUAUACCCAAAGAAGACGAGCUGCGGUUGACGUUUCCGGUACGGGACGGCAUCAUCCUGGCGCCCUUCCGGCUGGAGCACAACCUGGCCGUGAGCAAUCACGUGUUCCACUUAAAGCCCUCGGUGCAGCAGACGUUGGCCUGGCGCUCAGACCUUGAGCUGCAGCUCAAGUGCUUCCACCACGAAGACCGGCAGAUGGCCACCAAUUGGCCGCAGUCAGUGCAGGUGUCAGUAAAUGCAUGCCCCCUGACCAUCGAUCGUGGCGGAGAAGGGGGGAAGACUCACCGGCCUCUGCACCUAAAGGAAGUGUGCCAACCCGGAAGGAACACCAUUCAGAUUACUGUCACCGCUUGCUGCUGUUCCCACCUGUUCCUGCUGCAACUGGUGCACCGCCCCACCGUGCGCUCCGUGUUGCAGGGCCUGCUGCGCAAGCGCCUGCUUCCCGCGGAGCACUGCGUGGCCAAGGUGAAGCGCCAUUUCUCCUCGUCAGGGGGCGCCCCGUCCUCCGGGGGGACCGAAGACGGGGUGGAGCAGACGGCCAUCAAGGUGUCCCUCAAGUGCCCCAUCACUUUCAAGAGGAUCACCCUGCCUGCCAGGGGGCAAGACUGCAAGCAUAUACAGUGUUUUGACUUGGAAUCCUACCUACAGUUGAACUGCGAGAGGGGGGCUUGGCGGUGUCCAGUCUGCAAUAAACCCGCCCUGCUAGAGGGCCUAGAAGUGGACCAGUACAUCUGGGGCAUCUUGACGAACCUAAGCAAUUCGGACAUCGAAGAAGUAACCAUCGAUGCGACGGCCAGCUGGAAGCCAGUCUCCAUCAAGACUGUCAAGGAAGAGAACGAUGGAGUGGAGUCGUGCGGUGCGAAGCGCUUCAAGGCCACCUCUCCAGGCAGCAUGACGAUGCCGACCACCUCAGCUUGGGAGAUGGGGCAGGGGCUUUCCUCCUCCUCCUCCUCCCCCUAUCCCGCCACGCCCACUAGCCUCGCCCCCCACUCAGCAGAUAUGCAAACUCCAGCGAACAGCUCUCCCGGCAUUCCAAACGGGGGAUACGAGUUCCACUCGCAGGCAAGCGAUUUCAGCCCACUCUCUCAUCUCGGAGAAUCCGCCCUCGACCCCCUCGCUGCCAUGGAGAAGUCACUCAGCCAACACGAACAGCAAAUGGGCCUGUCUAAUCUACACGAUUCAUCCGCCCCUGCCCAGCGCGGCACGACCGUGACGUCAUCCGCGACCACGCCCAUCCAGGGGCCCCACACGCCCCACUCGAUGGGGGGCCCUCCCAGCGUCCCUCCCUCCGAGGGAGGCAACAGUCAGCCCGCGCCCGCCACCCGGGACGCCGCCCUGGCGACCGUACCUGACCUUGGUGACCUUCACUUCGACCCCGCAGCGGUGAUUGAGGGCGAAGGUCAAGGCCAAGAAGGGCUGAACCUACUGCCCGAGAGCGUUGUGGACCCGAUGGAACUGCUUUCCUACCUCGACCCCCCGGAGAUGUCCGGCAGCGGUGCAUCCGCAGCGGUGACGCCGGGCGUCGCCUCCGGUGCAACCUCUUCCGCCGGAAACGACGACCUGCUCUCUCUCUUCGAGUCCUGAGUCAUGGAAAAAAAAGAACUCCACGAAACUCGGUCUUCACCUUUUAAACAGUGUGAUUUUUACCGAUCCCCAAAGGAAGCUACAAAAUUGUUUAUACUAGUCAGGUGAUUUCGAAAGGGGGGGGGGCAGUGAAAAACAGAAUUCUGUCGAGCUGCAGCAAAUUUAUCUUACCAGGAAGAAGUAAAGAGCUGAUUUAAGGGCACAUUCAACUCUAAUAGAAUUCAAUCGAAUCGAAUACGAUCAACUCCAUCUACCAAUAGCGAAGCCAAAAAUUCCCUUUGCCUUAUCCAUAAAGAAAUUUCUCGCUGCGCUACUGGUAGAUUGAAUUUGAUCGAAUCGAACAAAAUCGAGUUGAGUGAGCCUUUUAAUCUGAAUCUUAAAAAAAAAUUUCUAACAUAUAAGAAUGCAUCUUGAAUUGAUGGAAAACCAUACUCCUACGCUGUGAAUAUAAACUGGGAUUUUUUAAAAACAUAUUUAACAAGUGAGCUUGCAUUAUGAGUUUGAAUACCAUUUCCGAAAUGUUCAAAGUAAUUCAAGAAUAAAGUUCGACAUCGGAUAGUUUCAUCUCCGUCGUCUAAAUAUAUAAUCUGAAAUUGAGAAGCACUUAUCAACGUCCAAGAAUUUAGUCAUAAAUAGUCAUGUAAAAAAGCUACGGAAAAGAGAUCCUUUUAUCCCUCCCACAAGUAACUUAAUCUAUAAAUAACAGGUUUAUUAUUUUAUUUAUUUAGUUAUAUUUCCUUUUUACUUGAAAAUCAGCAACACAUUACAAUAAAAGUGAAAAGCAGAUCUAUGUUUCCAGAUUUUAUUGCUGCAGCUAAGGACAGUAAAAAAAAUCCUGAAUUAGAGGUGCUUGUUGGGUACAAUUUUGUAGCUUCUAAAAAAAGAAGGGAUAAAAUUCAAGACGGAGGUGUCAUUGUUUGGACAUGUUUUUCAUCAUUGAAUCUGAAGCUCUUACAAUAUGAGUCAACGGUCCGCCAUUUUGUUAUUCAAUGUACACAUAUAGCUUUUACUAUGUGUGUUAUGCGAUAUUUAGUAAGAUUUUGUAAAUAUGAAUUUUGUAAAAACGAUAGAAAAUGGAAAAAGCGUCAAAAUUGUUUGUGAUGACAAGUAAGCCAUUUUAAUUGCUCGAAAGGUUGCAUUUUUUUAAGGUUGAGAAAUAAAGCGUUUUAUCUUUAGGCGCAAAACUUAUACGAUAAAAUAAUCAUUAUUUAAGAGUAAAAUUGUGAAAAUAAUCUACAUACUUCAUUCGGUGAAACAAGGAAUUCGCUUUUCUGUGCACAAAAAAUUGUUUAAAUCCAAUUUAAAAGAAAUUUUAUGCCUUGUUUUCAUAAAAGCAUACUUGAUCUUGAUAGGUCAUAGAAUAAUCAAAAUACUUUCAUUUCUUAUGUAUUAAAAAAAAAAGGUUCAGAGUUUGUUAUCACUUGAAGUCUUUUAAAAAUAACUCUUUCAAAUAGCGUUAAUGUUAUCAAUUUUUCUUCAAUUGUUUAACUGUUACAAAAACUGUAGAAGCUGAAAGAUGCCAUAAGGUCGGGUGGGUCAUUGGCAACCAUUAUUGUGAGCUUGCUUCUUUGGGCAACAAAAUGGCGGACAAAGAAGGCCCAUAUCCAUACAGCUGUUCAAUGUGUGAUUCGUCAUCAGGUUUGGAACGGGACAACGCUAGUCAAUAUGUAUCAAACAACAAUACACGUAUCCGGGCAGCCUCGCGUGUGUACAGUGUGUACCAGUCUUCAUGGAGAGUGCACAAACUUCAUACAGAUCCUUUUUCCUCUUCACCGUCAUGUACAGAUUGGAUUUCCAUGAAAAAAAGAGAGACUUGUUCUAUGGAAAAACCUUUACUUCACACCACUUUGGUUCGUGAGGACAUGUACAAAUUCAUGUGUUAUUCAAUGAUAGGUUUUUCCAUAGUUUCUUUUAGCAAACUGAAAAAAUGAAAGAACUCAGGAUCGGGUGACAUCGAACAUCCUCGGGCCUUUCGAAGUUGGAACUCUUGAAACAAAAUCCUUCUUAAACAGUUAAACAAUUAGCCCUGUGGUGUAAAGAAUCUGACCCAAAAGAAAAGUCGUCGGUCGUAGGUGUUUAGCGGAUUAUUGGGACAAAAAGUAAAACGAAAUUAAGAUAGUUUGAACAGCUACUAAAAAUUCUUCUGUGCGUGGGGGGUGGGAGCACUUUGUGAAUGUACAAUAUCUUAUACGUAUAAACAGGUAUAAAACAUAUGUACUCGCGUUCCACGCAUACAUAAUACAUAUUCACAUACGGUACGUGGGAAUCGGUUAAUACAUUAACGACCCGAAAUGUUCGAUGCAUCCGUAAAACUAUUGUGACCACCUGAAUAAACUACUUUUUAACUUCAUAGCUUUCAACCAAAGUUUGUAAACAUUUUAAAUCUGUGUAUACAAUCCUCCAUUCCAAUUUCUGGAAAACAUUUUCAGACUUUAUGCAUAAGGAGAAGGGGGAAAAAAAAAUCUGCCAAAUAGUAUAAGCCCUGAUUUUUUAAAUGUAUUUUUUAAAAUGCAAACAACCUCUUUCGUGCUGGAAUUUGCUCUUUAACAAAAUUUGUUUUUUGUUGGAAUAUCUCGAUUCAUCGUUGUUCACUCAGAGUAAAGAAGAGAAAUAAAGAGUACAAUGCAAUCUCUGAUAACUUGAACCCCUUUGGACGAAGGAUUAAACGAUUCCAUUUGCUGAAAUAUUAACCAGUAUUAACCCUCCCCCCCCCUCCUUUUUUUUUAAAAAUAAACUCACCCAACGUCAGAAGUUUUGUUGUCAGACCAAUAUCAGAGAGGAUUUUUCUGACUACACUUUUCAAUCUUACCUGUUUCUUCUUUUUUUUUAAUUUUUUUUUCAAAUUAAAUAAAAUCCCGUUUGGAUAAAAGUCUCAAUUAUUUCGUGCGUUCUUAAAGACAGACUUAACAUGAUUAUAGCUGCAUAGAAUAAUAUAAUAAUCAUCAUCUAAUAGAGUAAUAUACAACAUGUUAUGGUACCUUAAUCCCUUGUGGUAUCUUUAAGGUAAAAACGUCUUCUAAUUUACAAAACGUUAGGAAAAUGAUAAAAAUUGAAAAAUAGACACUAUCUACUAGAAGACGGCAAUGAAUUCAGUAACGUGGGAAAAACUUGUAUUCUGUCAAAUUGAUGUUGCAAUAAAAUUAAUUUGCAACAAGUUUCGCUAUAUUUUUUUUAACACAACUUGGGACUUUCAUUAAAAGAAGGUAGAAAAAAGUUAGCUUUACAGCAAAUUUUUACCUUCUGAGCAAUUAUAGAAGCUCUUUAUUUCUCGCCUUUGCUCUGUGCGUGUUUUCUUAAUUUUCAACUGCUAUAUGAAACGUGUAGCAUUGUUAUGUUCUUUCGUAUUUUGGUAUGCAUUGAGAAAUAAAUUUACGAAGACAGUUAAAAUAUGCAAUAUAAUACUUAUAUGGAGUAUACAAUAUUUACCCGUUUCUGGUUGUAUACAGUAAUAUGAGGUUGGACUGAGCCUUUGUUAGCGAACAUUGUUUUGGACGGUGCCUAUAGAAAACUUGAAAACCACAGUACGAGUAAUAUGAAGUUGGACCGAGCCUUUGUUUUUGAGAACUGAUUUGAACAGUGCCUACCUGAAAACUUUAGAAUCACUGUAAUCUGAGGUUGGACUGAGCCUCCGUUUUUAAAAAUUGUUUUGAAAGGUGCUUACAGAAAACUUGAGAGUCACAGUAUUCUGAGGUUGUACUUUCCCUUUGAAAAAUUGAUUUGAACGGUUCUUAUUGAAAACUAAAGAACCACUGUAAUCUGAAGUUGGGCCGAGCAUUCGUUUUUCGAAAUUGGUUUGAACGGUACUUAUCAAAAGUGUACUCCAGCUAGUUAAAUAAUUCAGUGAUUACUUGUUGACGUUUUCGUAUUUGUGUCGAGUUUACUGUUUAAUGUUUUUUUCUGGAACCUGCCGACGAAAACCCUUUUCACUGAGAAAAUUAUAUCCAUUCUUCGCAAUUCUGUGACUGUAAUGAGCAGGAGUUCAUUGAGAGAACGGGUUGAUAUUGGGCUCAGUCAGAAUAGAUGUAGAGGAACUCUCGGUUAUGACUGUUUUGCUAAGAUUGGGAAAUUUCAGCGAAGAAGUUUCACUAUGACAACUCUACAAAACCGCCAAACGUGGCGGCUGCAUAAAACGAAUCGGUCUUGGUUGUUGUCUACACUGAAGUAAGCAAGUUACGAAUUUCCAAAAAAAUAUUCGUUUAACUAGCUGCGUAAGUAACUGUAAACUUGACAAGCAUACAAGAACUGGCAGCUAAAACUUGUUUUCGACACUACGUGGAACAAGUUUGCUAACUUGAGUUGCUGUUUACAUUAACAAGUAGGCCAUGAUAUCCAACGAAAUUCUAAAUUCAAGCAAACACUUUUUUUCAAUUAAAGGGUUAAUGGGGAAUAUUCUAUUUGAAUUGUAAACAUUUUCUUUGAACUGAUAAUACGAGUAGUAUUUGAUUUAGAGAAUGAAAAGAAUUGUUGCUUGUUUAGGCUAUACGCUACCUUAGUACAUGCGUAUCGCUUCGCGUGAGCAAGCGUUGCUGGUUCGACCUUACAUACUAAAAAUUCAAUGUGUCUUCAAACGACUUACACAAAUAAAACACUUCGCUCAAAAUUAACUUACUGACGCUAAAAAUUUGCACGUACAUUCGUGCUUGUUAAGCUUACAGUUUUGUCUGUAGCUAGGCCGAAAGUCACCGUGGGAUUUGGUUAUUCAACAGGUAUUUUUAUUAGGCAUCCAACACACCAGUCCUUCUAUAAAAUGUGAUUUAACAUGUAAUUAUUUUCUAUGCAACAGACUCUGGAUUCCAGCGAUUGAACAUUUUUCAGCGGCAAGUCGUUUUUAACUUCAAAGUAUUACCGGGGAAAAAAUAUAUAAUUUUGCAUUUCGUUCAUUUUCUUCAAGAUAUGUAUUUUGAACAUUGUGAAGUGUAUAUAUGUAUAUAGGAUUGAAAAAUGUUGAACUCAUGCAAACUGUUAUACGAGGUGAGAUGAACUGUUAUAUAAAGUAAUAGUCUGCUGUUAA